AUGGUAAAUUCCUCGCAGGCGAGCGAGAAGAGGCCUCAAUCAGACGCAAGCUCCGAAGGUGUUAUUGUGGGCUUGCAGCGUGGCCCGCGUGGUCACAAGGUUCUAUAUUCAGUGAUGCGAUCCCCUCGGUCAACCGUGGCCAAAAAGGCAAUAUUUGGAUAUGCGAAACGCAAUCUUAUCUGCCACAGAGCUUCCUGUCGUCUCAACGACAUUCCUAACGGGCAAUUUAUGGCAUGCUUUGAUAAGCCGGCCCCGUGGCUAGGAAAACAGCUAAGAAUAGGCAAUGACUUUCGUCUAAUAACUAAUAACUUACAAACCGACAACUCGAUGCCGAUUCUGCGAUCAAAAAGAGCACGGCGCGGGAAGUCUUCCCCAGAGACUUCGAAAUCGCCGGUCCAGGAUGCAUCUCGUUUCAUCGCCAGCCCGCCUAAAAACGCCAAGGAGAAGGAAGAAUUCACACGAGCGCUAGAAAAAACAGGCUUGUUCCAGGACGAGCUGGAUCUUUUGGGUCGAGAAGGAGGACACCGUGGACAAGAUACACCUCGUCGCACGCGAGAGUCGACAAGGUCCGGCCCAUUUGACGGUGUGCCUAGUAAGCGGAAGAUGGACCUGACUCCUUCGCCAGCUUCCCUUCGCCUUUUGAAGCGACAGAAGUGA